AUGGUUAAUUAGAUCAAACUGAACUUUCUGCUCAAAAAUUUUUUUGAACUUUUUUUGAAGUUUUUCCUCUAGAAACUGGUUCAAUUUGAAAAUUAUUAUUCAUCGUUUUUUUUUUCUAUGUAUUCUGGGCCGGUUUUCUAUUUUUCAUGUAUUUCCAGUCUCUCAUAAGAAACAAAGUGGUCAAAUAGGUGGUAAGAUUUUGCUUUUCAAGUUUUUUACAAGUUCGAAUUCCCCCUUUUCCAAAAAUCGCAACUUCCAAAGCGACUACCCAUUAACAGAAAACGUUCCAAAAUAACUGAAACUCGAAAAAAAGGUAAAAAGUUGUAGGAGGAGAAGCCGAGGAGGAGCAACAAGACGAAGAAGAAGAAGAAGAAGAAGAAAGAGAAGACGAAGAAAAAUAUAUAUAGAGAGAGAGGGAGUGUGUGUAGAGAGGUGGGGCGGAGUCUGGAGCCACGGAGCACACGUUGAAAAAUAUGUAGGAAGGAGAGGAGGAGAGUGAGCAAGAGCCAUGGAGCAGCAGCACACGCUUGGCUGAGCUCCGGCUCACCGAGUCGCUCAAGGGGGGAGCAAAAAGAGGAGAAGGAAAAAAAGAACUGCGGAGGACGGACCGACGGACGGACGGACGGAUGGAUGGCUGGCUGGCUGGCUGGUUGGAUGGAUGGAUGGAUGGAUGGAUGGAUGGGGUGGGAGGCUGAGUCCGACACCCUCGAACACUUCCGUGGCCGACGAAUACAAAUUCAUUUCGGUGUUCAGCGCUUACACGAUAGGUUGGCUGUUGGUGGAACGUGGCCGGCUUUUCCAAAUCUCUUUUAGAGAACGAGUUUUCAGCCUCUUGGUUUUUCAAGACUCAACUUCAUGGAGAGUAACUGCUAAAAAACGCGGCCUGAGUUUCCAAAUCGGAACACUCGAACAAAAACUUUAACUUCAAAAAAAAAACAUCUAAAGAUUCGGUGGUAGUGCGACAGGACGGCUGCCAGAGGAACGCGGCCUGAUUUCACAAAUCGGAAAAUCCACGACCGAGGGGUUGGAGGCUGAGGCCGACACCCUCGAACACUUCCGUGGCCGACGAAUACAAAUUCAUAUCGGUAUUUGGCGGUUACAUGAGAGGUUGGCUGUUGGUAGAACGUGGCCGGCUUUUCCAAAUAUCUUCCAGAAAACGAGUUUUCAGUCUCUUGGUUUUAAAUAAGUUUCUGACCUUUUCUCCAUAAAGAGCUGAGAAAAAACGAGGCCUGAAUUUCCAAAUCGGCACACUCGAACAAAAACUUUAACUUCCAAAAAAAAAUAUUCAGAGAUUCGACGGUAGUGCGACAGGAUGGCUGCUAGAGGAACGCGGCCUGAUUUCCCAAAUCGGAAAAUUCACGACCGGGGGUGGGAGGCUGAGGCCGACACCCUCGAACACUUCCGUGGCUGA